GAUUGUACCCGAGAAACGGGGGAAACUUAACAGAACUAAGUAACGUUUAGGAAAAGUGUUGGGAAAGUUAUUGAUGAUCGUUUCCGUGUUAUCAUACUUACAUUGCAUGCCUUGCUUUCGCAUAUCAGUAGCAGUUGAGUGAGAGCGUGUUUCAGGAUGGAUGAAGAGGAAAGUCCCUACUUGUCCGGUUUCCUUACGAUCAGGUCACAGAGUGGCUUUUCAUGGCGAGUCACAAAAAAGGUGAAAUAUUGUCAACUGUUCAAAGCGAGUCGUCACGGGAUUGAGCGGCUCGAGAUCAGCGACACGGAGAACGACAAGACAACGCGCAUCGUAACGCUGGAGAACUGCGUGAAGAUAGUGCUGGACCAGCCACCCCAGAACACGAUCAACAUCGUUUCAAAGACAGGCCAGAUACAGCUGCACUCGUCUGAUGAAUCACUGGCUCGUCAAUGGACGAACGCUUUGCAGAUAGUUGCCUUCAAGGAUAAGUCCAAUCAAACACCACCCCCGCCUCGGCUAAACACGAUUGAAGAGGACAACGAUUUGUACUGCUCGUCGUACAGCGAAGGCAUCUACACGGUGACGCUCAUAGCGACCGAUGCUUCUAUCAAAAACGGCAUCGAACCGAAGAUGUACACGCUCGAGCUGGGUCAGACGGACAUGCGGCUGAAGUGUUACGAAGACGAAAGUAUUACGGUCGCCAUGUGGCCGUAUCGGUACAUCCGCAAGUACGGGUACCGAGAGGGAAAGUUUACAUUCGAGGCCGGACGGAAAUGUAACACGGGCGAGGGUACGUUCAAGCUGGACAACGCUAACCCACAGGACAUCUUCCGCUGUAUGCUGACGAAGAUGAAAUCGAUGAAGAAGAUCAUCUCAUCGUCCGCCCUCGAGCACGAAGCGCACGGCCUCAGCAGCCAGCUUUGCGCCGCACUAGCGAUGGAGCCUGGAUCGCGCAGCCCGUUGCCGGGCGGCCACUGCGAUGACAGCGUAUCCGCGCUGCACCUUCCUCCAAUCGAUCUACUGCCCGUGAUCCACGAUGCUGCUGCUGCUGCUGCUGCUACUCAGCAUGGUGGUGCGGUUGGUAAAAAUGUAGUUCCUACCAAACCGCCGCGCAAACAAGGUGUAUUGACACUGGGGACCACAUCCCUGGCGGAACAAACGACAGACGGCAAGCAAUCAAAUAACGUUUCAACCGUUUUUAUCAAAACGGGCGGCAACAAUAAUGUGCCGUGUUCCGGCAGCCAACGGAAUCCGUCAAUCUUCGUGGUAUCGGGCGGUGCAGCAAACAACGAUCGCGAAAGCUAUCCAGUGAAGGAGCUGGACUACGAGUGUGUUAAAGACAUCACCGACGCCUGGAAGCUGUACGGUUUGAACGACGUCAAGCACACUGAAUCGUCGCAUACGGUGGGUGCGGCAAAGGUAUUCGGGAUGGCACCUGGUGUCACAACGUUUCCGACAGCGCAUAACGCCAAUGGUACGGGCCGAGACACCGAUCAGCAGCUUGUGAUGCAGCAGGUGGAGUACGAUAGGCUCAAUUUUUUUCGUCCCACCACACGCCAUUCAUCGGGUGAUUACAAAACGAUUGUACCGAUCCGGCCACCGUCGGCCGGUGUUUGCGGUGUUGCUCCGUUCCCAUCAGACGAUUACGAGAUUAUCGGUGAUCCAUCAUCAACAACAACAAGCAUCACGACUGCCGGAACCGGUCCCCCGACUUCGUCUCCACUACGGCAACAUCACGCAUCCCUGCCCGAUCACCCGAUUGGCUACGGAACCGGCAGUCAGGGUCGUCGGUUACCGGCGGAAGAAGAAUUUGAGUUUGCCAUUUUCAACGGGCCAGAUGAUCAACAAAAUCUUGCUGCAACGAUCAACUAUGCUACCAUCAGCAAACCGAAGCGAGUUUGAAUCGGUGAUAGAAUGA